ACUGCCUUAAUAAUCCAGAAGCCUGAAUCUUAGACUCUUAGUGCCGUUCUUGAAUGUUGCUUUCACAUUCUAUGUUCAAAAUUAGGGUUUUAUGUCUAAUUCUUUUCAACAAUUGUAUUCCACUUUCGCUAUCAUAUUAACGCUCCAAUAUUUCAGCGUUGGGAUUUACAUAUGCGUUUUCCAAUGUGGACUCGAUCCCGAUGCUAAACGGAUCGAACUUUACGGAAUGGAAAGAACAUCUGUUACUUGCUUGCCCUCAUGGAUCUUGACAUCUCCCUCAGGGAAGAACAUCCCGAUCCUUCCAAACAGAUUGAAGAAACCAAGCAAUGGGAACGUUCCAACCGCAUAAGUUUGAUGAUAAUGAGAAUCCGUAUCCCGCAGCAAUUCAGAGGCGUUGUUCCUGAGGACGUUACUACAUCCAGAGAGUAUUUAGCUGCGGUUGAGAAAUGCUAUGAGAAAAACGUGAAGUCAGAGGUGGAGAUUGUGCUGGACGAGUUUUCCUCCAUGAGGAAACAGCCGGAAGAGAGUGUUAGGGAGUAUAUUAUGACGAAGAUGAGUGUUGCUGCUAAGAUGAAGCAACUCGGGAUGCAUAUUCCAGAUGAUGUUGUGGCAAGUAUUUUACUCGCUAGUCUGCCCUCGGAGUAUGAUUCUCUUAAGAAUAUUUGUAGCUGGGGGCAAAAGAAAUGGUCGACUCAUCAGCUCAUAUAUCACUGUGUGCAAGAUGAGGAUAGUUUAAAGCUGGAAAAGAAGAAGCGUGAUCUUGCUGUUGGGGAUUCUGGUAAGAAAAGGAAGACCUUUGAGGAAUGAUUGAUUGAUUCAGGAUUAAAGUAGAAUAAAUAUGAUUUG